AUGUCGAAAUCAUCGUUGGAUGCGGAUGAAAAGCCUCCCACGGCAACCACCGAGACCACCGUGAAGAUGGAGGCCCCUCCGGAGUAUCCCUCCAAUCAGAAGCGAAUCCUUGUCAUGGUGGCACUUUACUUGGCAAUCUUCUUGGACCAAAACAUCCUAUCGACCGCUAUCCCUCGCAUCACGGACGAGUUCCAUUCACUAAACGACGUUGGCUGGUAUGGCACGGCAUAUCUCCUCACCAUGUGCGGCUUCCAGCUGGUCAUGGGCAAGGUCUACAAAUAUUACCCUGCAAAGCCCGUGUUUCUCGGCGGCGUUGUUCUCUUUGAAGUUGGUUCUGCCAUUUGCGGUGCAGCUCCUAGCUCUGUUGCCUUUAUUAUCGGUCGUGCAAUUGCUGGCCUGGGAUCUUCUGGCAUGUUUUCGGGGCUCAUGGUUAUCAUGUUCAACGUCAUUCCGCUACAGCAGAGACCGGUAUACCAAGGCCUUUUCGGAGCCGUUUUCGCCGUUGCAUCUGUCAUUGGACCCGUGAUUGGAGGCACUUUUACAGACAAGGUUACAUGGAGAUGGUGCUUCUACAUCAACCUGCCAAUCGGAGCCGUGUCCAUUAUUGUCACUCUCUUCAUCCUACACCUGCCCAACCAGAAACUCGAUGCACCAGCAGAAACACUAUUGGGCAAAUUUCAGCAACUUGACCCCAUUGGCAACCUCGUCUUUUUCCCAGGAAUCGUCUGCUUGGUUCUGGCACUUCAAUGGGGAGGCACUCAAUAUCCCUGGGAUGAUGCUCGAAUCAUUGUUCUCUUGGUUCUUUGCGGCGUCCUCUGUCUUGUUUUCAUUGGUGUCCAGGCAUGGAAAGGAGAAGCCGCAACUCUUCCUCCUCGCAUCGUGACGCAGCGCAGCGUUGCAGCGGCUUGCUUCUUCAGUUUCUUCAACGGCGCCAGCAUGAUGGUUGUCAUGUAUUAUCUUCCAAUCUGGUUCCAAGCCAUCAAAAAUGUCAGCGCCAUCAACUCUGGUAUUUCCCUGCUACCCACGAUUCUGUCGGUAGUUGUUGGCUCUUUGUCGUCUGGCGCCGCCAUUUCUCGCUUCGGCUACUACACUCCGUUUUUCUAUGCCAGUUCAGUCUUGUCAGCUAUUGGGGCAGGACUCCUAUCAAUGCUUGAGCCGGGGACAGGUCACUCCAAAUGGAUUGGUUACCAGGUUAUCUUUGGGCUAGGCCUUGGAUUCGGUUCACAACAAGCAAUGAACGUUGUGCAGACUGUUUUAGAAAGAGGCGACAUCUCAAGUGGAACUGCAUUUGUCAUGUUCACUCGCUUCCUCGGCUCGUCAAUCUUCCUCCCGGUUGCGCAGACACUCUUCAUCACCAACUUGUCCUCCCGAACAGCCAAAAAUAUUCCUGAUAUCGAUCCCAAAGAAAUCGCGGCUGCUGGAGCUACUGAGAUUAAAAACUUGGUUCCAGUAAGUGACUUGAAACUGCUGCUCCAAGAUUAUAACGACGCCCUCAUGGAAGUCUUUAUCAUGAUGGCGGCCAUCUCUGCCGUCACCAUCUUUGGAAGUGUGUUUGUCGAAUGGCGCAGUCUCAAAGAACGCGCAAAGAGCGAACAGAGUGGAAGCCCCUCACCUCAGGUCGAGGCAGCAUAA